AUGGAUAAUAGAUAAUCAGAACAGAAAUCAUUAAUUCAAAGUUAUUCUUCAUUUGACUCAUAUGCCAUUCAAGAUGAACAUGAUGGGAAUCUUAGUAUACAUCAAUUAAAAGAAAAGCCAUUUUUUAGUUUUUAAGAAGCAAAAGAUUAAAAUGGAGAAGCCAACUUAAAUGUUAAUAGUAAAAAUAACUAACACAAAUAAAAAUAACCUUAUGAGACAGUACAAUCUAAAAAUAUUAUAGAUUUAGGAUUUAUUAUAUACUGAAGAAAAAUUAGAAUUACCUUCAUAACAACUGAGACAAAUUCCUAAAUUACAAUAAAAUUUCGUUAACUUAAAGUUAUUAAACUUAUCUUAAAACUAAUUAACAACUGUUCCUCCUCAAAUAAUGUAAUUUUUAUUUAAUCCUAAUUGUAGGCGUAUGAAUAAUUUACAAAAAUUGAUUUUGAGCAGCAAUCAAAUUAAUGUCUUGCCAAUAUUUUUGCAAACAUUAAAAUUUUUAGAAUAUUUAGACAUGUAAGAUAAUUUAAUCAAAGUCUUCAAUAUAAACCCACCUGAACUCAAAUACUUAAAUUUAUCGAAUAACUAUAUUGAAUAACUCUUUUUUCCUAAUCUAGAACAUUUAUGUAUUUAAAUGAACUGUUUCACCCUUAUACCUAAAGGAUUUCAUAAAGUACUGUAUGGAAUGCAAUAUUUUGAAUUUGAUUGGUUUAAAUAUUGCAAACCUGCUUUACCUAUAAAGAUUAAUUUUGAAAAGUAUUAGCACAUAAAGGAUAAAUUGAUAUCUAUUUUGCAAUCUUCUAGUCUCACUUUUGAAUCUUUUAUUAAGCUUUUGAGUAUAUCUGAACCAAAUUUCUAUCAAACAGAUUAUAAGUAUUUUAAUUACUAAUUUAUAGAUAUAGAAAUUUAUUUUUUUAAGCAGGUUCAUCAAAUGAGAUUGGAAUUCUAUAUAGUUUAAUUUAAAUAAUACCUGAACAAAUAAACAGUUUAGAUUUUGAUUAAAAUACUCCAUUGAGUGCUUGUUAUAAUGAAGGUAAAACAAGGUAAAAUUAUAUUGUUAUAAAGAUCAGUCAAAAUAUUAAGGAGCUUGGGUGGAAAAUUUGCUCCUCAAUCAAUCCAUGUUAUUUGUUAAAGAGUAGAUUUAUUGUUUUUCAAAAUAAUUUUAAAUCUAAAUGAAGAAGAUAAUUAAAUCACAUAACAUACAGAUCUAAAUUUAAUUAACUUUAGAAAUAUAGAUGGCAAUACGCCACUACAUUAAUUAUUUAUGAAUUAUUCAAAGAGCCCAGAUGCUAAAGAAAUGGCUAAUCUACUAUUAUUAUUUGGUGCUGAUCCAAACAAUGAAAAUAAUGAAGGAUGGACUCCUUUAGAUUUAGCUGUUAGAAAAGGAUAAAUCACUGCUAUUUAAUUUGCAGCAGAAUAUAAUAAAUAAAUAUAUUAAUAGAAAUCACAUCAAUAAUUAUUCGAUUUCUAAAAAAAAUCAGGUAUAAGUGAAUGGUCAUUGGCUCAUGUUGCUGCUAGUGUUGGAAAUAUUGAAAUAUUAGAAUUACUUAGUUAGGUAUUCAUUCUAAAUAUAGUAGAUCAAUAUAGAUUUAUUUUAAGUUAGUAAGUGUAAUAGAUUGCCAAGACAUUUAGCAAUUCAAAGUUUAACCAUGCUCAAAAAUAUGAGAAAAUUAGAAAAAAGAUGGGUUAUUCGAAAUGUGUUACAUGAUUCUGUUUCAGUCUCAUAAACAGAGAAAAAUGUUUAUCAAAUGAAAAAUUAGAUUGAAAAAAAUAUGAAUAAGAAGCAUCUAAAUAUAGCUUAGAAAUUGAUUGAAAAUGAUGAUGAUAAUUUUGAUAUAGAUGAAAACUCUUUAAGAAUAGCUAGUGAAAGUUCUAUUAAAGAUAUAGCUAGUGAAUCUGCUCCAAUAUUUUAAAGAUUAGCUAAUAAAGAAAUUACAAGAAUGCAAUUAGAAAAAUAAAAUAUGUCUACUUUAGAUACAACUGAUUUUGCAGAUCAUUUGCCUGAAAUAUAGAAACUUUUAAGAAAUCAUAAUUAUGAAGUUGCCCUUUAAAAACUUAAAUAUGCAUUAUUAAGUGAUAUGCUUCCAUUAUCAGAAAGAUUAAAAUAUAAAGACUAUAUCCAGGUGAUUUAAUUUAAGAUGAAAUAUUAAAAAGUGGAAAUGCAAACUUAUUUAAGAAACAGCCUAAAUUUAACUUUAAGCGAAUUUCAAUUUAAAGGAAUUCCAACAGAUUAGAAAUGUAUGAAAAUAUCUUAAAAUAGCUAAAAUGAUAAAAGAAUUGAUUAAUUUAGUGAAAGAUCAAUCAAGAAAUGAAACUUCUAAAAUUUAGUUUCAUAUAGAAAAAAUGUAACUUGUUUGUUAGAAUCCUUUGCUACAUUAAGAUUUACUUGUGAAAGAUUUAACAACAAUAAAUGAAUUGAGAUAAAGAUUGAGCAAUAAUCUUAUCUAUGAUAUUGUCAACUAUGCUGAAUCUAUAUUUUAAUUGAAUGAUUAGAUUUAUUAUUGGAUUAAUACUAGUUUUGGACGAUAUGAUAAGAUAAUAAUAAAGUCAAACAUUCCAAACAUGAUUAAUUAUGAAUGUUUAUAGAAAAUGAGAUUCGUAAAGAAGCUAAAAGCAAGAGAAAAAGAUUAUGACAAUAUUGAAUAAGAUAUGAUUGAGCCUGAAUCAUCAAUAUCUUCCUAUUAAUAAUUUACUUACAUAAUAACACCAUUUCAAAAUAGUAAACGAUUCUGAAGUUUGAUAUUUUAUUAUAUUAUUCUAUAAUUUAUACUUUUAUUUUAAAAUAAAGAAAAAUAUGAAUUAUCAUUAAGAAGUAUUAAAAUUUGGAUUUAGUAAUUAGAAAUAUCGAUUGAUGAGAAUUCAACUCCAUUUAGAUUGAAAUGGACAGGAAGAAAUAAAACUUGUUGUAAUGAUAAAAUAUUUUAUACUAAUCAAAGUACUAAAUUUAUCAUAGUUCUAUCUUUACUGUUUAUUUAAGCCAUUCUAUAUUAGCUAAUAUAUGUAAGAUAAAGAUUUAUUCUUAGAUGAAGAUACAAUAUUAUGAAUUAAUUCUAUCUGUCUUAUCUAUAUAUUUAUUGAUUACAACUUAUUGCACAGAUCCUGGAAUAAUGCCUAAAAUUGUAACAUUCUAAUAUGUAUGUAGAUAGUUUUAUAAAUAUGAAGAUGAUAUAGAAAAGUUAUAAAUACCAUAAUCAACUAAGAAAAAAGAAAUUUAACAUGUUAUUGUCAUUUUAGAAACUCAUACAAUAAGAUUAAAAUAUUGUCCAACUUGUAAAAUAUACAGAUCCUCUAGACUAUCUCAUUGUGGAUUCUGUAAUAAUUGUGUUUUAAGAUUUGAUCAUCAUUGUAAUUGGAUUGGCACAUGUAUAGGAAGAAGAAAUGUAAGAUCUUUUUAUUUUUUAUUACUCACCCUUAAUACUUUAUUUAUUUUAGAAAUAGUUAAGCUCUCGAUUAAUUAAUCAUCUAUUUGUUUAUACUGUCUGGCUAUGAGUGUUAUUAUAGGCUUGAUAACAAUUCUUCUUUUUAUUUUAUUUUGUUAUCACACUUUUCUUAUUUGUAAAAACUAAACUACAAAUGAACACUUAAAACAUACUUGGACUUUGGAUAGUGGUAAUCCAUACUAUAAGUAAGCAGAAUUAAUACAUUUAUUAGGGGUUCAAUCUCAAAAAAUAUCUUUAACAUAUUAUUUAGUCAUGUGCCAAAAUAAAUGAUUUAUUUAAAUAAAAGAUUGUUUUCUUAGCCUAUUCUCAAGUUAAAGGAAGAUAAAUCAUUCUAAUAAGUUGAAAUGUCAAAAGUUAAUUCAGAGACUGAUUGA